AUGAGGACCUUCCAGAGCCAAAGUGAUCCUGAGCAGUGCGGAGUCUCCAGCAGCAGCAGCAGCAGCAGCGGCGGCGUCAUGAGUCCACUGAGCACGGCCAGCAUCACCCUGGCUGCCCUGCUCAUCCUCACCAUACCAGUCUGCACCAGUGCUCCAGCAGAAGUUCAGAGGACCACAACAGAUCAGAGGCAGCUAUUCAGCAAGAUAGAUGCUGUGUGCUCAUCCUACCUCUCUGCAGACCUGGAGCUUUGGGCAUCUGAUGCCUUAGAGGAGCUAUGUGUCAUGAUGCUGGUUCAGAAGUCAAAGGAGCUGAAAUUGCAAGAAAAAAGUAAAAGGGCUGAGGUCCAGGGACCCGGUGGAAUCCAGAGCAGAGGUUACUUCCUCUAUCGGCCACGAAAUGGAAGACGAUCCUUAGAAUACGAGUAA